AUGUUGGGCGGCUGUGCACUUCACCCCAAGUCGAAAGGCUUGCAGGUCUGGACCGCGCUAUCAAAGGCACUGAAGUCCAAGAUCCAUAUAGACGGGUACAAAAUCGAUGUGUGCAUAUCUCUUGUUGCGAAGCCAUCUUCGGAACGGUUUGCUGCGCAGUUCCAUCACGCUAGAGAGGCAUCAUAUCUCGUUGGCUGUAGCCUCGGAAACAACAAGCAGGAAGGUUGUCUGACACUUGACGAAAAUGUUCGCAUUCACUCUCGUGAGAAUAGUAUGGCAUGUUCAGCCACGUGUAAUAAACCUGUCGUCCGGGUUCAGCCCAUUGUAGCACGCUCAUCCGAUAGUCGAGAUAUUGCAGAAAUUAGCUUGGGCGGUGGAGGUGACGACUUGGAACAAGAAACGGAUCUUGGUCAACUAACCAUCGAUAAUAUCCAGCUGCUCUCCCAACUGAUAUCAGAGUCCCAAGACUUGUCAACCGACUUAAAGGUUCAAACGAAAACAGUACUUCUAGCCCUCAUCACUACAGGUGCUCACCCACAGUCCAGAGUGUCGACCGAAGACUUCUCGGAAGACGUACAAACCAGACUAGGAAGCGUCAUUUUUGGCCAAUACUGUUAUCAAAUGCCUCUCGAAAGGAACAACUUACCCAUGGCCUCAAGUCGCCAAGCGGAACAACGGCAUACCUAA